AUGUACAUACCACCCGGUCAUCCACUUCCAAACAGCAGCUACAAUGUGUACAAGCACAGCGAUGGCAGCACAAACAGCGCUCCCGACUCACAGAAGUGGUCAUCUCUCAUCGGCAUCAUCACCGCGAUAUGCGGAAACAUCCUCAUCUCCUUUGCGCUCAACACCCAGCGAUACGCGCACAUACGCUUGAGCAGAGAGCAAGAGGAGCGAGAAGAGAAGGCGCGGUCGGGGAGGAAACGCAGGAGAGCGGCGGGCUAUGGCACGCAGGGGGAACAGCAGGUCGAGGUUGCGGAGCAGAGGGCGCAGGACAAUGCCAAAGCGGAGCGCGAGCAGUAUCCUUUGGAGGAGGCAGACGAGACGGCGCCAUUGAUCCCGACAGCGGGCAGUAUCAGAUCAGCAUCCACUGGCGAUGAAGACAACGAGGAAGAGGACGGCCACGCGAAAGAGAAGUCAUAUCUCCGCUCACCCAUCUGGUGGCUCGGUAUAGCCAUGAUGACGCUCGGCGAAGCUGGAAACUUCCUGGCCUACGGCUUCGCACCUGCCUCAAUCGUCUCACCGCUCGGUGUCGUGGCUCUGGUCUCCAACUGCCUGAUCGCGCCCUUGUUGCUGCACGAGCGUUUCCGAUGGCGCGAUGCUCUCGGGGUGGUGGUGGCUGUUGGAGGCUGCGUGACCGUCGUGCUGAGCGCCAGCGACAGCAACCCGAAGCUGGACCCGGACUCGAUAUGGCAUCUCAUCACGCGGUGGGAGUUUGAGACGUAUCUCGGCAUUACGGUCGUUAUGAUUGUCUGCCUGAUGGCCGCCAGCAACAAAUUCGGCGAACGCACGAUAUUGAUCGACCUGGGCCUGGUCGGACUCUUCGGCGGCUAUACGGCGUUGUCUACCAAAGGCGUCGCUUCGCUGCUGUCCAGCUCGAUCUGGAGGGUCAUUGAGUUCCCUAUCACAUACCUGCUGGUGGCAGUUUUGGUGUCGACCGCAGUGCUGCAGAUCAAAUACGUCAAUCGAGCCCUGCAGAGGUUCAAUGCGACAAUGGUUAUACCGACACAGUUUGUGAUGUUUACACUGUCGGUCAUUAUUGGGAGUGCGGUUCUGUACCGGGAUUUCGAGAGAACAACUGGUGAGCAGGCUGGCAAGUUUGUCGGUGGCUGCGCUUUGACGUUUCUUGGGGUAUACUUUAUCACUUCUGGUCGUGGUGAGGAUGAUGAGGAGGAAGAGCAUGAGCUGGCUGAAGGCGAGGACGGUAUUGACUUGCCGGACGAAGAGCAGACACAGGUGGAGGUUAGGGAACGCGAUGACGGCAGGCGGCAGUCGUUGCUGGCUGGCUCUCCGAAAAGUGCGCCAGCGUCGAGAGGCUUACAGGUGUCUGAGUCUGUGCCGGACCUACUGUCUGCGAACUUGAGCCCAGCAAAAGCGGCCGCAGUUCAUGAACAGUCCGUGGCCAACAUUCCUUCACCUCAGCGGCAGACACAGAAGCAGACCCUCCCACCACCGAUGCACGCUACGACAUCAGCCCCAGAAGUUCCGACAAUCACACCACGAACGCCCGCCUCUCGCCCCAAAACACCCGGACGAGGCGCGACGCACCACCCGAUUAUGGAGUCUCCCUCUCAGCCCUCCACUCCACAACCUCGCCGUCCUCCUCCUGACCAAGCGGGUCAGCUGGAUCCAGGUUCGAGUAAUAGACUGCUGAACCGCCACAGCAUCGCUGGACUGGUGCCGGGACCGCUCACGAGUCCCCUCAGCAGUUCGCUCACUGCCAUCGUAGCGGACUCUCUUCGCCGGGGAGUGGACGGCGGCAGUGCGCUUCGUCGUCGCUCUCUCUAUCGCGGCAGCAGUCGGCGUGAUCCGAACGCGCCUCCGCUCAAGCGACACUCGAUUGCAAGUGGGGAGAUGGACUUUUCGACGGUGAACGAGGAAACGACUGGCGGUGGAGCGGGCGCGAGUGGUGCGGGACAGAAGGGUCGGAUGAGGAGUCUGAGUGCUGCCUUGGGCGAUGUGUUUGGCCCGUCGACAGGCGGGAAAGGAGGGAGUAUGGGCGCGCGGGAUCCUGAACGAUGA